GGCUCGGGCCGGGGCGCUGCUGGCGCUUUGGGUGCUCGGGGCCGCAGCGCAUCCGCAGUGCCUGGACUUCAGGCCGCCCUUCCGGCCGCCGCAGCUGCUGCGCCUCUGCGCGCAGUAUUCGGACUUCGGCUGCUGCGAUGAAGGGCGCGACGCCGAACUGACCCGCCGCUUCUGGGACCUGGAGAGCCGCGUGGACGCCGCCGAGUGGGCCGCGUGCGCCGGCUACGCGAGGGACCUGCUGUGCCAGGAAUGCUCUCCGUAUGCAGCCCACCUCUAUGACGCCGAGGACCCGUUCACACCCCUGCGCACGGUGCCCGGGCUCUGCCAGGACUACUGCCUGGACAUGUGGCAUAAGUGCCGGGGGCUGUUCCAUCAUCUCUCAACUGACCAGGAGCUCCGGGCGCUGGAGGGCAACCGUGCCAGGUUCUGCCGCUACCUGUCCCUGGAUGACACGGACUACUGCUUCCCUUACCUGCUGGUCAACAAGAACCUCAACUCAAACCUGGGCCAUGUGGUGGCUGAUGCCAAGGGCUGCCUGCAGCUGUGCCUGGAGGAGGUGGCCAACGGGCUGCGCAACCCCGUGGCCAUGGUCCAUGCCAGGGAUGGCACCCACCGCUUCUUCGUGGCCGAGCAGGUGGGGCUGGUGUGGGCCUACCUGCCCGACCGCUCGAGGCUGGAGAAGCCUUUCCUGAACAUCAGCUGGGCGGUGCUCACCUCGCCCUGGCAGGGUGACGAGCGUGGCUUCCUGGGCAUUGCCUUUCACCCCAGCUUCCGGCACAACCGCAGGCUCUACGUCUACUACUCAGUGGGUAUCCGCACCAGUGAGUGGAUCCGCAUCAGCGAGUUCAGGGUCUCUGAGGAUGACGAGAACGCCGUGGACCACAGCUCUGAGAGGAUACUCCUGGAGGUCAAAGAACCAGCUUCAAACCACAACGGGGGUCAGCUGCUGUUCGGGGAUGACGGGUACCUCUACAUCUUCACCGGAGAUGGCGGGAUGGCCGGAGACCCCUUUGGGACAUUCGGAAAUGCCCAAAACAAGUCGGCGCUGCUGGGCAAGGUGCUGCGCAUCGACGUGGACCGUAAGGAGCGCGGCCUGCCCUAUGGCAUCCCGCCCGACAACCCGUUCGUGGGCGACCCCGCCGCGCAGCCCGAGGUCUAUGCCCUGGGCGUGCGCAACAUGUGGCGCUGCUCCUUCGACCGCGGCGACCCCGCGUCGGGCGCGGGCCGCGGGCGCCUCUUCUGCGGCGACGUGGGCCAGAACAAGUUCGAGGAGGUGGACCUGGUGGAGCGCGGCGGCAAUUACGGCUGGCGCGCGCGCGAGGGGUUCGAGUGCUACGACCGCAGCCUGUGCGCCAACUCCUCCCUCAAUGAUGUGCUGCCGAUUUUCGCCUACCCUCACACCAUUGGCAAGUCGGUCACAGGGGGCUACGUGUACCGGGGCUGCGAGUACCCCAAUCUGAACGGCCUCUACAUUUUUGGGGAUUUCAUGACCGGGCGUCUGAUGUCCCUCCACGAGAACCCAGGGACAGGCCAGUGGCACUACAGUGAGAUCUGCAUGGGCCAUGGCCAGACCUGUGAGUUCCCAGGCCUCAUCAACAACUACUACCCGUACAUCAUCUCCUUCGGGGAGGAUGAGGCCGGGGAGCUGUACUUCAUGUCGACAGGGGAGCCGAGUGCCACAGCUCCACGUGGGGUUGUCUACAAAAUAAUUGACCCGUCCAGGCGGGCACCACCUGGCAAGUGUCAGAUCCAGCCUGCUCAGGUGAAGAUCAGAAGCCGCCUCAUCCCCUUUGUGCCCAAAGAAAAGUUCAUCCCGAAGACACGGAGCACCGCGCGGCCUACAGCGCGGGGCUAUGCCAACCAUGUGGCUGUUUCCACACCACUCUCCUGCCUCCUCUCUGACCUGCGCCUGCGUGGGAGCCAGGGUGGGAACCGGGAGAAAGGGGCGGACCCAGAUUUUCAUCCCUCCAACUCCUUCGGACCUGAGCCAGCCCCUCAGGUGGGGCUUCGCCUGGUCUGGGAAGGAUCCUGCCACCAGCCCGUGGGCCCCGCUGGCGGACCACGGGCGCUAGAUGCGGACUAUCCGGGCGGAAGAGGCGCCCCGGGACAACUGGAGAACAACUUUGGGGGUCUGGGGUUCCAAGGAGAAGUUGGGGAACAGUCGGCGUCAUGCGGACUUCUGCAGGCUGGGAUGGGGCUUCCGGGCAGGUUUUGGGGAGAAAGGAAGGGGCCUAAGACCGCGCGCGGAAAGAUGCCGUUAUUUGGCGGCGCCGAAGUGGGCGGAGCCAGCCAGCAGGACUUCGCGCCGCCGCCGGGCCAGAGCGAGGGGGAUCGGCGUUGCCAGGGACAACGCGUUCUGGGCGGAGCUGCUGCUGGGGCGGACCUGAGUCUGAGGAGGUGGGGGCGGAGCCUGGGGGGCUGA